AUGACCGAGGGCCGUGGCGUCUACAAGCAGAACAGGACGAGCAUCAUCGGGACAGGGCUGGACUGGCAUGGGAUUGGAUAUGCGCCUCGGGACUUCUGGCCGGCCGACGGAUGCAUACACAUAGGGAAUGGCGACGGGCGCUUCUCCGUCAUGGCAGACCAGUCGGUCUUGGUCUAUGUGGUAUCCAAGUACGUAUCCCUCCGGCGUAUACGGCACGACAGGCGUUCAUGUGCCCGGGCUGUAAGUACAGAUGCCACCAAGGCUUGGCAGCAUCCAAAGGAGACGGACCCAACGAGCACGAGAACAAGUCAAGAUAGCGGCCGCUAUUACACGCCCAUGGUGAUAAGUAGUCUGACCAACCCCCCUCGCACAACAAGGAUACGCCAUAACUACAUAUUACACACUACAUUGCUCCACCCUGUCCCGCUGCACAAACACAGCAAAAGGAUCCACACCAACACCACGGCCUGUGCCAUGCCAAGCCGUUUCAAUCUACACGAUGCUUUACCUCAGACACGCUGCGCGGGAAGAGGUGGCCGCGUCCGCGUGCCUUUUGAACACGGUCCGCCUCAACACAUGCGCCAUGACGAGGGCUGCUGCCCGUUUGCCUCCCAGCCCAACGGUCCAAAUGAACGUCCAUGUAUCUACUACAACUAUGUGUACAUGUCCAUGUGA